AUGACCUCUGCCAGGUCAGAAUCGCUCUCCAUGCGCUUUAGACAAGCAGGCGGCGUUAACAGCAUCGAAAACUUCGCCCGGUCAUGGCAACGGGCUGCAGGUUUCCCAGAAGUCCUUCCCCGCCGUGCCUCAUUUCUCACAGGCGAUUCAGAUGAAGAAUGCUUCGCCACGGCAAAUCGUUUGCCUGGCUCGCAAGGCUCUCGGCCGCUUCGUUCGGAGGCUGAUGCUACACGGCCACUGCUUAGUGCCGAUAGGGAGACCGAGAUAGACCGGCCAGAUGACAACGACGACCCGUCAAGAAAAAAUGCGCUCGGAUCAUCAUUUGAAAGAAGCCUUGGGACCUCCUACGGCACAAUAUCUUCUCGCGUCAGUGAUGCCACACGGAGGCAUGUGAUUCAACUCCAUCGAGAGCAACAAGCACAUGUAGACGUGCCUUUGGACGGUAGCAUAGAACCUCUAUCGGUCAAAAGUAUUCAGCAUGAGGAUGGUACCAGAUCAGGUGUCAUUGUUGGUCAAUCGACUGUACCUCAGACAAUUUUUAAUUCUGUCAAUGUCCUGAUUGGCGUUGGCCUCUUAAGUCUCCCGCUAGCAAUGAAACAGGCGGGCUGGUUUUUCGGCCUCUCAUUUCUUCUGUUUGCUGCUGUGACCACCUCGUACACAGCCCAAAUUCUCGCCAAAUGCCUUGACAUUGACCGGAGCCUGGUCACAUAUGCUGAUCUGGCUUAUGUUAGUUUUGGGCACCACGCGCGCCUAAUAACAAGUCUUCUGUUCUGUUUGGAGCUUAUAGGAGCCUGUGUUGCUCUGGUUGUGCUUUUUGCAGACAGCCUUCAUGCUUUAAUUCCCGAGCUAAGCAUCCUUCAGUGGAAGUUAAUAUGCGGGUUAUUGCUUGUCCCGCUGAAUUUUGUGCCCCUGCGGUUUCUAAGCGUGACCAGUAUUCUAGGAAUACUCUCUUGCACCUCAAUUGUUAUUAUAAUAUGCAUUGAUGGAUUUCUAACUCCUUAUGCUCCCGGCUCACUGCGCCAGCCAGCCAAGACCUCUUUAUUUCCAGAACACUGGGGGACUCUCCCUCUCAGUUUUGGACUGAUCAUGUCGCCCUGGGGGGGCCAUGGAGUAUUUCCGAACAUAUACCGGGAUAUGAGACACCCGCAAAAGUAUAGAAAGAGUCUUUGGAUCACCUAUAUUUUCACGUAUUGCCUCGAUUGUGCAAUGGCCAUUAUCGGCUGGGUCAUGUUUGGUGAUGCAGUUCGCGACGAAGUCACUGCAAACGUGUUGCUUUCCGCAUCUUAUCCACCGGCAUUGUCAAUUUGCAUCAUAAUUUCUAUCGCCAUAAUUCCAAUAACCAAGGUCCCUUUGAACUGCCGCCCUCUGGUGGCCACUGUGGAAAUACUCUGUGGCCUUGGGUCUCACUCUACCACAAAUUCAAAUCAUCCCGAGGGACUUCAUGCCAUAAUUUUGCAGUCAUUGAAGGCAAUGGUGCGUGUGGUUGUGCUGGCUGUCGUCGUUUUAAUGGCCAUCCUCUUCCCAUCGUUCGACAGGAUCAUGGCACUGAUGGGUUCUGCUUUGUGUUUUACGAUAUGCGUGAUCUUGCCACUCGCGUUUUAUUUGAAAAUUUUUGGAAACGACCUCAGUCUAAGGGAGCGGGUUUUAGACUGGGUUCUUCUGAUUUUAUCGUCAAUGUUAGCGAUUAUAGGAACAGCCUGGGCAUUCCUACCGCAGGAGAUGAUCUCCACAUGA